AUGAAUGAUAAAGAAAAUAAAGCAGAGAAUAGAAAGCAAAGUGGAUUGUCAUCUGAUAUUUUAUACAGACAUGGUUUUCUAUCAAUUUUUGGAUCCGAUAAUUAUGAGGUACCGGCAGCAACUGCUUAUUUCAUUUACGAGUUGACUAAAUUCAGAAGAUUAUGGUGGGAUCAGGGAAAUUUGCAUCCAAAGGCGAAUUGGGAAAGAUUGCCCUAUGAAUUGAUAUCUAAUGUUAGUUGGGAAAACAAUAAAGCAGAAGGAAUGGGUAAAGAAGCAGAUGGAUGUUUACAACCCAUAAAAAAACAACAAGUGGCUUCUGAUGGGUGUGAUGGGCUGAAUGAACCUUGGCCAAAUUUGGUAGUUGAAAUAGCUUAUUUAGAAAGCGUAGAUCAUCUUUUUAACAAAAUAAAAAAUUAUUGGCUUCUAUCUAACCGAGUACAUGAUGCUAUCACUAUAAAACUAGAGCCUCCCAAUGUGCCAAAGAAGAUUCCUUCAAGGAUGACUUCGUGGCAUUUUUGUGUAGAUCAAAAAGUUGAAGGAGAACUAGAUCCAGAGGUACAUGAAUUUGGAACUGUUGACCAGUUUGGUAACUGCCUUAAUAUUCAACCUGGUCAAUAUAUUAUUAAGAUUAAAUUAGAAUGCAUAUAUGCUGGGAUUGUGUCUGAAUUUGAUCUUCCAAUAUUUUUACCCAAUCCAAUCACUAUUGAUCUUUUUAGAGUUCAGAAAGAUAUUUUAGA